AUGGAAGUGGAAGACAAAGGCAAUGCACGUACGAGGUUACAGAAGCAUGCCCCGGCUUCUCUUGACAUUCAUAAGGUUCUCAGUGAUUGUCCCUCUAACCCUUUUGUGGAGGCUUCGAGGGCAAUACCGUUGUUAUCUCCACUCGUCCUUUCUCCACAACCCGUGUAUGCAGACAUUAUUAGUAUUCAAGUUCGAACAUCAGAGAAUAAUGGCAGUGGUAGUAUGAUUGCAUGUGCAUCCUCCACCGGUUGGGAACAUCCAGCUAUGGCUUCAUUUCCUGAGCCAUCAACUUUGUGCAGUUUCUUCCAAAAGCAAUGCGUUUUUGUGAACCAUGCACAGUGA